GGCUAGCUAAGAUUCAGUGGCUGGAAGUUGAAAGAGAAGGGUCACUCUGCUCCGCCGCGUUGUAAGUUUUCGCCGCCUUGCAUUUCUCCCCAUCUCCGAUCGAGGUAAAAAAUGAAGCACAACAAUGUUAUCCCAAGCGGCCACUUUAGGAAGCACUGGCAGAACUAUGUCAGGACCUGGUUCAACCAGCCUGCCAGGAAAACCAGAAGAAGAAAUGCCCGUCAGGAGAAAGCCGUGAAGAACUUUCCCCGCCCAACUGCUGGACCACUCCGCCCAAUAGUUCAUGGUCAGACAUUGAAGUACAACAUGAAAGUGAGGGCUGGUAGGGGCUUUUCCCUGGAGGAGUUGAAGGCUGCUGGUAUCCCCAAGAAACUAGCACCAACAAUUGGAAUUGCAGUUGACCAUCGCCGUAGGAAUCGCUCUCUUGAAAGUCUACAGGCUAAUGUUCAGAGGCUGAAGACAUACAAGGCUAAGGUGGUCGUCUUCCCAAGACGUGCCCGCAAAUUCAAGGCUGGUGAUUCUACUCCUGAGGAGCUUGCAAAUGCCACCCAAGUCCAAGGACCUUACCUGCCUAUUGGACGUGAAAAGGCACCGGUCGAGCUUGUCAAGGUCACUGAAGAGAUGAAAUCAUUCAAGGCAUACGACAAGCUACGUAUUGAGAGGACAAACGAACGACACGUUGGUGCUAGAUUGAAGAGGGCAGCAGAGGCCGAGAAGGAAGAGAAAAAAUAGAUUGCUAGAGCAACUGUUUAGAGGUCGUUCUAUUUUCCUAAUUUUGGUGUUUUUCUUCCAUAUUUUGGAUUUGACACAUCUUCUGGACCUAAUUUGGUAGAUUAAAGUUUUUGAGGUCAUGGAUUUUACGGUUAUUGGCCUUGGUUUUGGUGUUGUACUAUCGUUACUUUAUUUGUGCUUUAUUGCAUUCAAAUGGCCUUGCAAUA